UGGAGGGAAAUCCUUUUUGUAUUAGCCUUAUAUGGUAAAUUUGGUUGUUUGGCUCACCAAAAGUUUUGACUACAGAAAGACACAACACAACUUUUUAAGAGUUUUUCAGAUGAAGAAGAUGGACUGCCAGACUCGUUGCUCUUUGGCUGAGGUGCAAGGAAUCCCUAUGCCUGAGUUCUUUGUUAGUUACUGGGAAAGAGUAGAAAAAUUUCAAGCAUUCAAAGGUGACUUGCUUAUUGCUACUUACCCCAAAUCAGGCACUACUUGGACACAAGAGAUUGUGGAUUUGAUUUUGAAUCAGGGAGACAUAAAGAAGUGCAUGCGUGCUCCCACUGAUGAACGCAUGCCGUUCCUUGAAUGGACAGAAUCAGAUCCUACAUUAUCUGGUAUUACAAGGUUGCAGAAGAUGGACCCUCCCCGUGUUAUUAAAACCCAUCUACCUAUACAGCUCGUACCUCAUUCAUUCUGGAAGGCUGGUUGCAAGGUUAUAUACAUGGCCCGCAAUCCCAAAGACACUGUGGUUUCUUAUUUUCAUUUUGACCGCAUGGAUCUUACACAGCCAGAACCUGGGAGCUGGUCAGAGUAUCUAGAAAAGUUCAUGAAAGGGCAGCUGGCUUGGGGCUCUUGGUAUGACCAUGUCAAAGGAUACUGGAGAGAGAGAGAAAACAAAGCAAUCCUGUACCUUUUCUUUGAGGAUAUGAAAGAGGACCCGGCGCGGGAAGUGAGGCGGAUCGCUGAGUUUUUAGGACAACAACUACCAGAGAGUACAAUUAGUGGUAUUGCUCAAAACACAACAUUCACUGCCAUGCGAAAGAAUCCCAUGGCAAACUAUUCAUCCAUUCCCGAUACCAUCUUUGAUCGUAAAGUGUCAGACUUCAUGAGGAAAGGAGAGGUUGGCGACUGGAGGAAUCAUUUCAGUCCGGAGCAAAAUGCUGUGUUUGAAGAUCAAUACAAAAAGAUGAUGGCCAACGUUCCUAUCCCCUUCCGCUUCGAAAUAUGAAGAUCCUGACCUUUAAACAUGCUCAUACAAAUCACAGAUUACAGUGUUUUCUAUAACUUAUGUGAGCAAAUAUUCAUGGGCUGCAUAGUUACAUUCCAUUGUCACUGGAAUCAAACUAAUAAUUAAACCUAUAGAUUGUGUUUCAACAACUGGAAACAUUGUUUAGUUUUUUUCUUUGUGAAAUAUCUUGCUUGUAGGAUUUAUUACUGUUGUUGUUAUUAUUAUAUGUGUUUGUUUUAACACAGUUGCUCAGUAACUUCUAAUUGUGUCCCUCACAUUCAUGAAUAAAAUUCCAGUAAUUUACAGAUAUUUUCAUGU